ACCCAUGACCCAUCCAUCCAAAUAACUCUCUCUCUCUCUCUCUCUCUUACUUUAAAGGACACCCUCAUAGCCAGUUCUGCUUCUGCAGCAGCAUAACUGUACUAAAAAUACUCAUUAGCUUCAAAAAAAUUAAACACAAAUGAAGGACGAGGUUAUACCGACAACAAUACCAUCUCCUUCGAGAACAACAACAACAACGUUGAAGAAAGAGAACUCGUCAGAUCAUGCCGGUCUAUUCGGUAAAACCCGGUACAAGUUCUGGGCCUUAGCUGCAAUUCUUCUUCUCGCUUUCUGGUCCAUGUUCACCGGUUCUGUCAAUCUCAAAUGGUCCGCUGCUAAUCUCGCUCGCUUCUCCGACCACCACCACUCUCUCACUCACGACGAUCUUGAUAUUCUUGAAGUGGAGGAGAGAAAGAAAGUGGUGCGGCACAUGUGGGAUGUGUACACGCAAAGCAAGAGUAUAAGAUUGCCUAAGUUUUGGCAAGAGGCUUUUGAAGCUGCGUACGAGCAUUUAACCAGUGAUGUUCAGGGUGUUCGAGACGCUGCCGUUUCGGAGAUCGCUAAGAUGUCCCUAAGCUCCAUCAAUCUCGACCCACCUCCUGGUCGCUUUGAGAGUACUAGAGGAUCAAAAAAGAUAUCCAAGCAAGCAGAAAAAGGAAAGAAAGUAAUCGCAGUUGGGAGUAGCCGAUGAUAACUUAAUAAUCCCAUUUCCUGCUUAAAGUUCGGCAGAAGAUGUUGACUACCAGAGUAAUACACAAUCUAUCACAAUUUUAGCAAAAAAAAGAAGAAGAUAUGUUUAAUACCACCGUACCAACCUUAAGCUGAAGGAUCAUGGUGAAAAUUAAACUGCUUGUAUAUAUCCCUUUUUCAAAUAAGCCUAUUAAAUUGUGAGUUUUAAUCACUUGUAUAUUGGAAUGAAUUUCUGUGAUGGUUAGGAAAGAUCAUAUGAAAAUUGUCUCUGUAGUAUUGAUACUACAAAUAAGCAUAGUAUAAGAGGUUCUUCCUGAUUGAUUGUUAUACAGGAAAUAUGAUAUCUGGUUACAUUA